AUGGAUUUACUAAAAACCCCUUCUAUUCAGUCAUUGUUAGAUUCGGACUUGGAAUCCGUUGAAAGUCUUAAUUAUGUAGACAUUGAAGAGCUCGAUGAGGUUGAAUAUGCACUGCCUGCAAGUGAAGCACCAACAUUGGCUGAAAUAUUGUCAGCUGAAGAUGUGGAAACUCAACACAAAGAAACAAUUAACAGUGUUAAAGAGCCUGUUUCAUGUUCUGCUCUUCAAGUUGAUUUCUUACAGGCUAUUUCUCAGCAAGUACUCCAGGCACAAGAAAGGUCACUAGCAGGUGCAGCCACAGCACUAAGUGUUGGUAAUAAUGGAAAAACAACUGUUGGCACAGCCCAUGGACAUUUGUUGUCAUUCCAAGAUCAAACCUUACGGUGGGUCUGUGAUGCAAAUGAAGAUUGCGGGGCAGUUACUUGUUUAGCGUAUAACAACGACUGUACUCGACUAUUGGCAGGCUUUGCACGUGGUCUUGUUUAUCAGUAUGAAAGUAUUAGAGGAGUAAUUUUAAGACGUGUAACUCUUGGUGGCGAAACAUGGGGUAUAUUACGGGUUACAUGGGCUGGCACCUCAGGCCUCGCACUCGACACAGGUGGCUCUGUGUGGUUGAUGAAAUUCUCGCGGCCUCUUGGUGUGCGCUCUGCUCGUGUAUCGUGCCUUUUUUCUGGUGCUCGUGGCGAAGUAGUUGCAAUGACAGCAAGGGAUGCUCGUAUUUUGGCACUAGCAACACUUUCACGUGUCAUUAUUGUGGCCGGUGGUCGUGCUGCGGGUGUACGAUUAAAUGGACCGCCUGACACACUUCCAGUUUUAGAAUGGUGUGAAUUUGACAAUAGACUCCUGGUUUGUGCCCGAGCCAAUUUAUUACAGUGGCUGUCUAUCAGCAUAACCGGCUCGAAUAUUUCUCUGUGUCCAAUACAAAAAGUGGAACUGAAAGCAACGCCUCUUUGGAUGGGCUGGCUCGGUGGUAGUCUGGCUAUAUUUGAUGCUAAUGAGAGUCUACGAUUAUGUGGUGAUGAUUACGAUAAGCCAUUGGACCUUUGUCACAUAGAACCCGUGUAUUCUUCAGCAUUUUUCAAGGGCCUGUGGACGGACGGUCGUGUUUCUCUUGCUAUGUGUAAAGCUGGUGAAAGCGCGUUAGCUGGGAUAUGCGUUGCUGAAGGUGCGUUAUCAUUACUUGGUCGUAAAGGAAUCGUGCGAGUACGGCCACGCGACUUGCUCGCUAGAACAAAAGCAUUCAUUGGAUCGGGACGGCAUUUGCAAGCCUUAAGAUUGCUCUGCACUACACAAGGACCAAACGCUAAAAAAUUAGCCAUUGACGUCAUUAAUAUGAUAUCAGAAAGACCUCACAUAAUGAACAAUAAGAAUGUAGCCAUGCAAGCGAUCAAGUUAUGUUUGAAAUAUAAUUUAUAUGAAGCACUAUGGUCUAGUCUAUGGGAGAAUUGUUCCAGUGAAAAGGCAUUUGUGGAAGCCUUAGGCGAUGCUGUUGUGCGCGGGGAAUUAUCUGAUACGCCGCCAACACCAGAUUAUACGCAGGAACUUAUUGAGAAGUUAGCUGAAUUCGAGCCAGACCUUGUAGAAAGGGUGGUAGCGUCACUUCCCUUAAUCUCACUCGAUCCUCAUCGCGCCAGCGUUUUUACUCGGGAGAAGGGAUUAUGGCGUGGCGUGGGAGCAAUUGCAGCAGCGUUAGACGGGAGCAGCGGCGCGAUGCGCACGCUGAUGGCGUACGUGUCGGAGGAGUGCGGAGCGCGAGCGGGCGGGCGGUGCGCGUGCGCGGGCGGCGCGCUGCUGCUGGCGGCGGCGGACGCGCUGGCGGGCCGCGGCGCCGCCGGGCGCGCGCUGCCCGAGCACGCGCGGCCCUCGGCGCGCCACGACGCGCUGCACGCGCUGCUCGCACAGGUGGGGGACGGCCCGUCGCCGCUGGAAGUGCUGGUGCGUCACGAGGCGGCGGGCGCGGUGCGGCUGCUGGAGCAGAGUGCGCGCGAGCCGCCCUUCGCCGGCCCGCUCGCCAAGCAGAACCGCCUGCGCGUCGCCCGCGCGCUGCUCGCUAUCACGCCCGGCGCACAGGACCCCGCUUGUCAGAUGGAGAUACUAGAAUUCAUUAGCGGUCAGUUGCAAUCAGGCGCGCUGCCACUCGAUCAGGAAGUUAUAAAAGGCGUUCAAGAAUUAGCAACAACGAUUACUAGCGAACGGUCUGACCGCGCUUGGAUAGCUCUAAUGAAGCGCCUUCGUUCACAAAGAGAGCAUUCGCUUGCUAACUAUCAAAGUGCAAUACAAAGACCCCGAAUACAAUGGCGAUUAGACGUUCUACUUGAUUGUCACGAGAAAGCUUUAGAAGAAUUUUUCAAAAUUGAGAAUCCAUCCUCAAUGGACUUUUCAGAAUUUUUCGAAUAUAUACGAUCAAGAUUCGAAGUAGACGGCAACAUCAAAGCUCGCUUACAACCAUAUCUGCAAUCACUUAUCAAAUUACGUCCGCAAGCGUCGGCGGCUAUAGUUAAAGACCAUUAUGAAAGCUCUAUUAGUUCUAUAUUAAGUUCGUUAGAGAGGGAAUGCGUUUUGGAAUUCGGUGAUUGUCUUCUCGAUAUGGCGUGCCUAAGUGGCGACGCCGCUGCCAUUUACUUACGUAGCCUAUGUGUACUGCGUCCCGCAGAUGUGAAAAUCUUCUUAGAAAAUAGUACAGGUAUUGUACGUCCGGAAGACGCCUUAGAGAUAGUCAAAGAAUUAGGUCCGCGUGAUGCCGUACCCUUCUGUCUCGAAGCUACCGGCGACCCUUCCGGUGCACUGGAUGCGCUUCUAGAUAUUAUAACGUCGAAUCACGAAACCAAAGCGAAACACAUCGCCGAGGCGUGCGAUCUGUGCGUUCGAGUGGCACCGACAGUUCCUCCCGACGUCUCCGCCGAAAUGUGGACGCGAUUGCUACGUCGCGUGGACGAAGUACCGCCAUCGCUAUUGUUCGAGGCUAUUGCGUACCUGCCGAUCGACGAAUUGUUGGUUAAAGCCUGCGAUUCGCCGAAGGUCGCGUUGACGAUUCUGGAGAGCGGCGCGGGGAGGAUGCGUGUCUGGGCGUGUGCGAGGCGAAUAGCCGAGCGGGAGGCACACGGGGCGUUAGCCAUGGCUUUAGCGGGGGCUCGUCGCGGCCUGCCCGUCAGAGGAAAGUGUCUCCGCUGCGGCGAAAGCUUGGCCGCACGAACCGCCGCCCGCACCGCGCACUGUGCGCGAGCCUUACACGCCGACUGUGACGUUGAAACCACGUGCCAAACGUGCGGUAAACAAAUCCCAUCCACUGUAUACAUCCUGCCGCCUAUAAAUAGUCGCCCGACCACAUCAGCACCUCAAGAAUAUCCCCUAUCGUUGAUAGCCCCGCCCAGACCCGACCUUGAGGGUGUUGCGUGA